CUUCCUUCAGCAUCACGUCUCUCCACUCUCUCUCUCUCUCUCUCCCUCAUUCUCUACCUCCUUUAUAACCCAUCACUCCCAUCUCACCACUCUCACUCAUUCUCGCUCUUUCAAACUGGAAUGGUCAUUUGUUUUCAUGGGAACCAAACUGGGCACUUGCUGACACGAUGCUAUUCUGCUUUUUUGCAAAUCCGAAUUUUACAAGCACUUGUGGAUUUUGAGUUUUGGUAGAUAUAUGUUGAGAUAAAUUGGACACGUGGAUUUAUUUUCAUCGGUUAAGGAUGAGAUUUUCUUGCAGUUUGUUAAAGAAAUUCCUGUGAGCAUGCUUUUGGUAUCAGUGGAAUCACAAGUGAAGAAUUCAACGAACAGAUUUGAUGGUUGAAUUUGGGAUUUAAUUCAAUAUUUUCAACUUCUUAUCAAGACAGAAGGAAAACAGGCAAUCCCAGGACUAUGCUCUGAUAUGUGGGGAUCAUCCCCAGACUCUGCUCAUCAAACAUAAACAAACAAACACACGGAGUACUUCAACUGUGGAGGUGGGCCGCGUGUUGUCCAAAGACCCAGCCUGACAAACGGAGACGGACAGACAGACGGACAGUCUGAUGCCAACUGUCUCCACUGUCAAUCUCACGGCACCACUCCUCCUCUUGUUGCUAUGGGCAACCAACCCCACCAUGGCAACCAACUGGCUCUCCCUGGCGAGGCUGCCUCGCUCCAGGCCCGUGUCUGGUGCUGCACCAUGUGCACGCCUCAGGGGGCUGACCCCAGGGCAGGUGGGGGUGUGCAGGGCACGAGGGGAGGUCAUGGAGUCUGUGCGAAAGGCAGCAGAGAUGGUCAUAGAAGAGUGCCAGCACCAGUUCAGGAACCGCCGCUGGAACUGUUCCAUCACCCCACGUGGGAUCAAUGUAUUUGGCAGAGUCAUGAACCAAGGUACUCGUGAGGCAGCCUUUGUGCAUGCUUUGUCCUCAGCAGCCGUGGCGGUGGCAGUGACCCGAGCCUGCACCCGUGGGGAGCUGGAGAGGUGUGGCUGUGACAGGAAGGUCAGGGGGGUCAGCCCCGAAGGUUUCCAGUGGUCAGGGUGCAGCGACAACCUGUCCUAUGGUGUGGCUUUCUCCCAAACAUUUGUGGAUGAACCAGAGCGAGCAAAGGGGCUAUCAGCUGGGCGACCACUCAUGAACCUUCACAAUAAUGAGGCUGGUCGAAAGGCCAUCCUUCACAACAUGCAGGUGGAGUGUAAGUGUCAUGGCGUCUCUGGCUCCUGUGAGCUCCGGACCUGCUGGAAAGUGAUGCCUCCAUUCAGGCGUGUUGGCGCUGUGCUCAAGGAACGCUUUGAUGGAGCCACAGAGGUUCGCCUGACUCGUAUAGGAUCCAGACCAGCCCUGCUCCCCCGUGACCCCCAGGUCAAACCCCCUGCUGCCAGAGACCUUUUGUACCUUGCGCCCUCUCCUGAUUUCUGCCAUAUUGACCCUGACAAUGGUAUCCCUGGAACUGCUGGAAGGAGAUGUAAUGGAACCUCUCGGCUGGCACCAGACGGCUGUGAGCUGGUGUGCUGUGGGCCCGGGUACAGAGCAGGCCGAGCUGAAGUGGUGCAGCGGUGCUCCUGCAAGUUUUCCUGGUGCUGCUCGGUCCGCUGCCAGCAGUGCAAGAACACAGUCACCAUCCACACCUGCAGAGUGUAA